AUGAAGGAAGAACUCGGGCCACUUUCACUUACCACACUCAAUCUUCCCACACAAUUACCCGGCUCGUGGUUCUAUGAGAUUGGUGGCUCGGGUGAUGACUCAUCGACAUCUCCAUCACAAAUCGGGGAUGAAGAGGUGAAUCUGGCGUUGGGUGGGCUGAAAUCGUUGUUGUCGACGCGUACCGUGACAGAGACCGUUCAAGUACCGAGCAGUGAACACGUGGCUGAGAUCGUCGGGAGACAAGGUUGCAAGAUCAAAGCUCUACGCGCCAAGACCAACACUUAUAUCAAGACGCCGGUCAGGGGAGAAGAACCUAUCUUUAUGGUAACUGGCCGAAGCGAGGAUGUGAUGGAAGCGAAACGGGAAAUCGAGUGUGCCGCCGAGCAUUUCACACAGAUUCGCGCUAGUCGACGGCACUCACAGGGUGGAGCUCCAGCACCCGGUCAUAUCACAGCCUAUGUCCGAGUGCCUCUUCGAGUCGUCGGCCUUGUUGUUGGACCAAAAGGAGCCACGAUUAAGCGCAUUCAACAAGAUACUCACACAUAUAUCAUCACUCCGAGCCGGGAACGAGAGCCGAUCUUUGAGGUAACCGGUUUACCACAAAACGUCGAAUCAGCGAGAAAAGAAAUCGAGCAGCAUAUCUACCAACGAACAGGCAACAUGCCGAUCACUGAUCCAAACGCGCCCAUCUCGAGCUAUCAAGAGUUCCAAAACGUUCCACCGCAAAACCAAAUGAUCAAUGGUGGAUUCUCAAGUCUCUCAGCUGCCGCCUCGGUUGCUGCCCGAUCCACCUAUGGAAGCUUAGCUGCUACAUCGACUCUACGCCGCCAAGAAAUGACUGGACUCGAGAUGGGACGUCCCACUGACAACUAUGGAAAUAUGAACCAGCCACUUUCAAUCGGAAUGGAGAACGGAAGUGGAAAAAUGCACUUACAAUUCAAUACUUCGGGUCAAAACACGGGAAAUGGGAACAAUCAGAAUGCACUUGCUGCUGCGGCGACGGCAAAUGGAGUACAGCCAUAUUUGCAGUGGAGCAACGCGUAUACGGGAAUGAAUCUUGGAAACGAGCCGCUCGAGAUCAACAAUCACUUUCCAAAUCCUCAACCCUAUCCAAAGAUGUCAGAUCUUCACUCGGCGAUGGGAAAUCUCUCGCUGUGCACUGUGAAUCAUCCGUAUCACCAAAAUCAAAACCAAAAUGUGUCUCGUCAACGAAUGUGGUCAUCGCCAUUUGUUGCAACGAAUGAUCCAAUGAACUCUUUUUCGAAUCAACGAGAUGAGGGACUUGGUGACUCGCCGCCAAGUCUUGCCACCGAUUCCUACCAUUUGAUGUCAUCGAUCUGGUCGGAAAUCGACAAUCCGAGAGAUCGUUCGGCUUCAGGCAGCGCGACAAAUGCGCAUUUUGUCAGCGGAUUGACCGUUUCCGUUUUGGGUGACUCGAGCACCACCUAUUCGUCUGGAAUUUCGCAA